UUCGCUAAUCUCUUUGGGGACCAGAGGGCGACAACGCAGCGCCACUCUUACAGGAAUUCCCUUCACCUCCUCCUUCAUGAUCCUAUCUCAGCACCGUCUCUGCGAGGGGGAAAAAGAAGGCUCGCUGAUGAAUGUUAGCAGGUCAGCAGGGGUGGGAGGGCGUCCUCCUCGGUUCCGACCCUUCUCAGCGGGAACACUGCCUUGGGAGAUUCACUCUCCAGGACUUGGCCAGGGCUGGACCGUCCGUCAGCCCUGCACUCUAAAGAGAGUGCACGCGCGUCUGAAAGGCAAAGAAAAAACUCCAACGGGGACAGCGACAAAGAACCAAAACCCUAGGGUACCGGGAAGAAACAGGUUCUGAGCUAAGGUGUGCCCCCGUAACUCACCAAACUAAAUGUCCCUUCCCCGUUCUCCACGGGUCUCCAGCCGCCCUGUCCCAGACGGAGCUUUAACCGCCAAGUUUCAAAUCCGUUCCGGAGACGCCAACCAAUUGCAGUGCGGACUGCCGAGGGCGGAGCGCGCACGUCGGCGCGCGCAGGCCGGCGCGGUGGGAAGGGGAGGGUCAGUUUGUUGCACCCUGGCCCGGCCUCUUUUCCACCCUGCGGAGCAUCCGCUUCCGGUUCCCAGACUGAAUUGGCGGUGAGCGGAGUUUGAGGUCGCUGUGGACUGCCCACUGGAUUGUUGUGAAAAAUGAGGUCCUCUUUCUAGAGUACCUGGCAGGUUGCUUGGCAUCCAGAAGAUGUUUAGCUAAGUUAAGAGUUUUCUUUUUCCUUCCUGCUCUCCUCCAACCUUAACACCUAGAUGUGGGCUGUGCCCGUAGACUGACUGCCUUGGAAUGGGUUGGAGCUGCUUUCUGAAACUUGCUGGGCUGCUCUCCCUUUUGAACCACUUUUUGUCUGUUCUGAUUCACUCUUCCAGGGCCUUGCCCGAGAUGGACAGCCGGAUUCCUUAUGAUGACUACCCGGUGGUUUUCUUGCCUGCCUAUGAGAAUCCUCCAGCAUGGAUUCCUCCUCAUGAGAGGGUGCACCACCCAGACUACAACAAUGAGUUGACCCAGUUUCUGCCCCGAACCAUCACACUGAAGAAGCCUCCUGGAGCUCAGUUGGGAUUUAACAUCCGAGGAGGAAAGGCCUCCCAGCUAGGCAUCUUCAUCUCCAAGGUAAUUCCUGACUCUGAUGCACAUAGAGCAGGACUUCAGGAAGGGGACCAAGUUCUAGCUGUGAAUGAUGUGGAUUUCCAAGAUAUUGAGCACAGCAAGGCUGUUGAGAUCCUGAAGACAGCUCGUGAAAUCAGCAUGCGUGUCCGCUUCUUUCCCUAUAAUUACCAUCGCCAAAAAGAGAGGACUGUGCACUAGAAAGUUGCAGCCCACAGCCCUUCAUGUGAACUCUGCCAUGACAUGCUAACUAGACUUUAGGAGAGCCACUUCUAUUUUCAGCCCCUCCCUGGAAUAGUGAGUUGGGAGGAUGGGGAGACAGCUAACCAACUGAAUUACCCAAACUGUAUUGCACUUUUAGUUCCCUAGUUUUCUAGGUGAGCUUCAUUCCCUGAAAGGAGGAUGAUAUCUAGGCAUAACCUAGCCUGUGAGGAACCUAGUUAGGAAAGACAGCUGACAUUUAUUGAAUACCAUGUACUAGUCCCUUACAUAUGUCAUAUUUUAAUUAUAGAAAUCAGUAGCAAAAAGAAUCUUGGGGAUUUUCCAUCUGACUUCCCUGACCAUCUUAUCCCAUCCUUGUACUACCAGAGGAUUCAUACACUUUUGAGACUCCAAAGAGACCCUGAUUUCACCCCUUCCUCCUCCUAGCCUCUCCCCCAAAAAGUAAAACACAAUGCUGAAGAAA